UCUUCGACAUCACUCCAAUACACCGUCAUGCCGCCUAAGCAGCCCUCUGCGGGCGGCGCUACCUCAUCGAAAGGUACGCAAGGCCCGAGGCACCAUUCAGGGAAGCACAGCAAAGCAGCGAGUGGCCCCACAGCAGCGCAGCAGGCGCAGCCGGCUCAGCCGGCCAAGAAGGUGCGAUCGCGGCCAAAGAAGAAGCAGUCAAAGUCAGGGGCAGCAGGAGGGGCAGGGGGACCAGGCGGAAAGGAAGACGAUGCUGGAAAGCAGAGACUCAAGGUUGUAGUGCGGCGACUGCCGCCUAAUCUGCCUGAGGACAUCUUCUGGAAGAGCGUCGAGCCCUGGACUGGCAAGCAGCUCGUCGACAAACCUGCGCCGAUCCUCGUUAAGCAGACUGCAGCUGCCGAGGAUGCGCCGACUCGGGUGGGGCAGGAGACCGACGAUGGGGAGCAGCAUGAAGCGACGAAGGACAGCAGCGACGAUGCCGCAAAUCCAGCAAACGCCGCGGCAGAAGCAAAGUCAGCCGCACCGCCGAUCGUAAAGCCAGGCCCUUACAUUCACCUGGGCGUCCCUGCUCAAGAGAAGCUCGUCUGGCGUCGAUACGUCCAGGGCAAAUUCAAAACACCGCCCAACGCAGCCUCCUCAUCCUCGCAGUCCUCUCUCCCGCACGUUCACUCGCGUGCCUAUCUGCGCUUCCGCUCCCUGACGGACCUCCUGGACUUCCACCGGAACUUUGAUGGACACGUCUUCCGCGACUCCAAAGGGAGAGAGAGCGUCGCUCUCGUCGAGUGGGCGCCUUAUCAGAAGGUGCCGCCCCUGGCGUCCGUCGCAGGAGGGCAGACACAGGUGCGACGUAGACCCGAUAAGAGGGAGGGGACGAUUCAUGAGGAGCCAGAUUUCCUCGCCUUUGUGGAGAGAUUGGAGAAGGGCGGGAAAGAGGAGGCGAGUGAGGAGAGAAAGGACACGAAGAGCGAUGCCGAGGUGAUGGCGUUUCUCAGCGCGGCAACCUCCGCUAAGGGGAAGGAGACGGCAGACUCCGCAGCGGGUGACAAGAAGAAGCUCACCCCGCUCCUCGAGCACCUCAAGGCCAAGAAGGCUCAGUCGGCCGCAGCCGCUGCAGCCGCUGCACAGGCAAAGGCGGCUUCGAAAAAGCAGAAGGGAAAAGGAGCGGCAGGUCCAGCAGGCAAAGGCGCGGCUACGUCAGGCAAGAAGGGUGCGGCGAGCAGCAAGCAGACGGACGCGCAAGUCGAAGCCGUUCGCGCUCACAUGAAGGCUAGCAUUGGAGGGCCUGCAUCGCCCUCCGCCCCUGACACCUCAAGCCCUAAGCCACCGACGGGGCCUGCCAAUCGGAAGGGCAAGAGCAAAGAACUCAAGCCCUCUGCGGCGGCACAUCACGCGAAGAAGGGCACCUCAACCCCUCCUACUUCUUCAACAGCAGCAGGAGGGCCGCCUUCCUCUUCUGCUUCUACCACGUCCAUUCCUACGGGGCCGAAAGCGCAGCAGCAGCAGCAAAAGAAUAGGGCGGCCAAAUGGAAGGCCAAGGGCAAAGAUAAAGAGAAGGGUACUCAGGAAGAAGCAGCAGGAGGCGCUGGUGGCGCAGCUGGGGGAAAGAAGGGAUCGCAACAGCAGCAGGGAAAGGGGAACAGGCCUAAGCCUGGCUCUGAUCAUGCGGGAGGAGGAGCUCCAGCAGCAGCUGCCUCUGCGCCGACACCGACACUUCUGAGACGACCCGAUUGAUCGGCUGGUCCUUCAUCAAUGUUCUUCAAGCCGUCGCUCGCAUCACAUCGCAUGGGCGCAAACACCGAGUGCUCAAGCGAAAGAUCGUAUGAUUGUAGCAAACAGGGGUCUCAAGCAGUUGCUCAGGUACAGGCGAGCGAGGAGCACCAGGCUCUCACUUUCUCUGCCGCCAAUCAGAUCGUGGGAUGGAUGAAGAGAUCACAGGUCGCAUCACCGCUUUAGAACUCGCCAAAGAAGGAACCCUUCUUCCUCUUGCUGCCGCCGAUGGGAGGGUACU